AUGACACAGGUUAGAGAUCGACCAAAGAACAGGACCCGCGCACAAGAGACACAGGUGAGAGGUCGACUCACAGAUCCUGAAGCAGAGGUUAUUGCCUUGUCUCCAAGAACGCUCUUAACCACCAAUCGGUUCUUGUGCGAGAUUUGCAGCAAAGGCUUCCACCGAGACCAGAACCUCCAGCUACACCGCCGGGGGCACAACCUCCCAUGGAAGCUGAGGCAAAGAAGCACCAAAGAGCCGAGAAAAAGGGUCCAUGUGUGCCCCGAGAAGAGCUGUAUCCACCACAAUCCAGCAAGAGAGCUUGGAGACCGGACCGGAAUAAAGAAGCACUUCUGCCGGAAGCAUGGCGAGAAGAAGUGGAAGUGCGAGAAGUGCUCCAAGCGGUACGCGGUGCAGUCUGACUGGAAGGCGCACUCAAAGACCUGCGGCACGAGGGAACACCGCUGCGACUGUGGUGGCAUCCUUUUCUCCAGGAGCGACAGUUUUAUAACACACAGGGCCUUCUGUGAUGCCUUAGCUGAAGAGACCGCAAGAGUUGCUGCAACAUCGAACAUCAACAACAUGGCACCGAUCGGUGAUGCCGAUUAUCUUUUCACUGGCAGUUUGAUGAGAUCUAAUACGUCGCAGAACUUCUCCUCCAAUAUUAAGCCUCAUACAUCCAACUGCGAAGCCAAUGAUCAGACUAGACCCGGGCUUUCGUUGUGGAUGGGCCAUGGCAUUCACAACGGUGAGCCCUUAGGUAGAACUCCCAGUCUCUCUGAUAUCAAUCAAAUUGGACCAGUGGGUGCCGGAACCUUGCACGAUGAUCUCUUCACUUCAUGUUCAAAUGUCCAGCAACUCGACACUCAAUUAAGUUGGUUGUGUGGCAACAAGCUCUGGCCUACAGGCACUUGCGAGCUAACAGGCACCUCCAUUCCAACAACCACCAUGAAGGAGGUCGACAGCUCGCAGCCUCUCCUCACGAGCAUUCCUUCCUUGUUUAGCACUCAACAUCAGCACCAUCGAGCACCAGUUUCAGAAAUGUCUGCGACGGCAUUGCUUCAAAAAGCCACCCAAAUUGGUGUGACUUCCACCAUCCCAUUUGUUGGGAGUUUUGAGCCAUCAAAGUGCCAAGAUAUUCGGAUUGAAGAUGCUAGCUUAAAAUAUGAUGGAUUAGUCAAUUCAAACCGAGCAAUCUAG